AUGGUUAUGAGGUCGAAGAAGAUUCUCCGGCUAUGGCUAUGGUGGGCGCCGCAGCAGCAGCGUAGGCCUCCGGCAUUGCCACUGAAGGAGGGUUUUCAAGAUCAUUCGACCGAGAACUCGAGGGAGUCAUUGCUGGCCAGCCAGUACUUGUGUCAAUGGAACCUAAAGGAGGUCCCCAGAGGGUUCUUGGCAGUGUACGUUGGGCCGGAACUAAGGCGGUUUGUAAUCCCUACCAGCUACUUGUCCAUGCCUGACUUUAGGGCUUUGAUGGAGCGAAUGGCCGAUGAAUUCGAGUUCAAGCAAGAAGGUGGACUGCAAAUUCCUUGUGAGGAGGAAGAUUUUCAGGAGAUACUGGGGAAGUGUCUGACAAGGCAUAAAAUGAAGAACACGAACAAGAAGAAACAUAAAGGAGUACAACAAAAUUGA